GCACCGCCGUUCAUUUCAGCGAGUUCGUGCCCAGCCGCUCCCGAAAACUAACCAAAACCACGAGACAACAAUCUCAAAUUUUUGGUCGUCCAUUUACGUGAAGCAAUGAAAAUCUACGGUAAACUCCUGGCUGUCUGUGUCUUUCAAACUAACGUUUGGGGGACCAACGCCUUUGUCGCUCAGAAGCCGAAGGCGCUCGCUUUCAAGGGAACGGACUCGCAAUGGCAAACAUUUUCGUACGUUGAAAGCCUAGGGGGUGGGGCCUCCGACCCGUAUUCGUCCGGUUCCAAGCUUGCGAGCAGCGAAGGCGCGUCGGCUGAUAAAGACGUCAUGGAUAAAAGAGGCGUUGCAAGCGGCAGCCCAGCUAACGUAAUGGAAGCGCGUCUUGCUUCUCUCGAGAAACAAAAAAAAUCUGAUUCGCAGUCGAGCUCCCAAAGUGGACCCAUGUCAACCAAGAAGAUUUGGGAUAGUACCUCCUCCGUAACUGUUCAAGGAGGAUCCCUCAAGACAUGGUCUUUCCCUAACCCCUCUGUUGAGAGAGUGCAGGUUGUGAUGAACACAGAAGGUCGUCCGCUGGAUGCCGACAUCGAAUUGUGGCAGGGACCUGAUAACACUCCGUACAAAAUGCGCGUGUACGUUGAGGACGGUAGCUUGCGCCCAUUUCGCGCAGUGAUUGAAACUCCGCGCGGACCCAAUACGAUCGCGAUUCGCAACACGGGUCACCUUGAAUUCCCCUUAGCCGCUUACGUGAUGGCUGGCUCGGCGGACAAUGGAUUUGUUGCCAAGACAACUGAAGAGACCAUUCCCAGAGUAAUCCAGGGAGGAGCCCUUCGCACAUACCCUUUCGAUCCCACUGUCGAAAGCGUGCAAGUUGCUUUGCGAACGGAUGGACGCCCCCUUAACGUGAGAAUCGAGCUGUUGCAGGGGCCCAACAACAACAAGCAGGUGAUGGAACUCUACACUGAAGACGGAAUGGACCGUCCAUUCUUCUGUGUUAUUGAGACACCGGGAAGUGGAAACGUUGUGCGAGUUGUCAAUACAGCCACAAUGGAGUUCCCUAUGACCGCUUUGGUUGAGGCUUAUCAAGUCAGUAACGGAAACUCCGCCUCUAAUCCAGUGAUUGGAGGAGGAAGCGGUUACAUGGAUCGUGCGUGCGCUGUCCGCAGGAUAGGUCCUUCUGAAGAUUAUGGGAUGCAGGGCCUGCAGGCUGAAGAACUAAAAGUAACUUUUACAACCUUGCGAAGUUGCAUGAUCUGA